CUCGCGAGGCCAGAGGCUGAGGUGGCAGUGACUGCCGACAUGGAGCUGCUGCAGAUGCCGGAGCUGAUGGGGCUGUCGCUGUUGCUCGGGCUGCUGGCCCUGAUGGCGACGGCGGCGGUAGCGCGGGGGUGGCUGCGCGCGGAGCAGGAGACGUGCGGCCGGUCCGCAGGCCAAAGAGCAAAUGGAUUUCCACCUGACAAGUCCUUGAGACCCAAGAAGCAGAAACAACAUCAGCGGAUUCACAAGGAAAAGCCUCAGCAACACAACUUCACCCACCGCCUCCUGGCUGCGACAUUGAAGAGCCACAGUGGGAACAUAUCUUGCAUGGACUUUAGCAGCAAUGGCAAGUACCUGGCCACCUGUGCAGAUGACCGUACCGUCCGCAUCUGGAGCACCAAGGACUUCCUGCAGCGGGAGCACCGCAGCAUGAGAGCAAACGUGGAGCUGGACCAUGCCGUCCUGGUGCGCUUCAGCCCUGACUGCAGAGCAUUCAUCGUCUGGCUGGCUAACGGAGAUACCCUCCGUGUCUUCAAGAUGACCAAGCGAGAGGAUGGGGGCUAUACUUUCACGGCCACCCCAGAGGACUUUCCUAAAAAGCACAAGGCAGCCAUCGUCAGCAUUGGCAUUGCUGACACAGGGAAGUUCAUCAUGACUGCUUCCAGUGACACAACUAUCCUCAUCUGGAAUCUGAAAGGUCAGGUGCUGUCUACCAUCAACACCAAUCAGAUGCACAAUACAUCUGCUGCUAUAUCCCCCUGUAGCAGGUUUGUGGCCUCAUGUGGCUUCACCCCGGAUGUAAAAGUUUGGGAAGUCUGCUUUGGGAAAAAAGGGGACUUCCAGGAGGUUGUGCGAGCCUUUGAACUGAAGGGCCACUCUGCAGCCGUCCACUUCUUCGCUUUCUCCAGUGACUGCCGGAGGAUGGCCUCUGUCUCCAAGGAUGGUACGUGGAAACUGUGGGACACAGAUGUGGAAUACAAGAAGCAGGACCCCUACUUGCUGAGGACAGGCCAAGAAUGCUGUAGAAAGAGCAGCUACUCUUGCAACUGCUGA